GAGUACGGUAUUACCGGCGAAUUCGUCAUGGCUAUGAUACUCGCAAGCGAAAUGCAUUCAGUUGUAUGCCAGCAUCUUUUGGAGAGACAUCAAAACUCCCUCCAUCACAUUGAGAGCCAUGAAGCUCGUCCUGUUGUUAUCAGUUCUCUUGGCAUUGGUCGUCUGUUUCCAGGCAGCGGAAGUCAGAGGUAAACCAGAUCACAGGGACAGAAGAGAAACCGACAGUUAUCCAGAAGUCGAUGAGGAGGGAGCCGAUGAGGAAGAUGACGUAGGCGAUGAUGAUGACGAUAUUCAAUUUGACCCCAACACAAGAGAACAUCCAUGUAACAAGAAGACGUGUCGCCGUGGUGAGGAAUGUUACGUAGACAAAGGCAAAAAAGUCAGGUGUCGCUGUGUACAGCACUGUACCCCAGAACCGGACCCCAGAUAUAUGGUAUGCAGCAACAAAAACCUAACGUUUGACAGCGAGUGCCACAUGGACAGGGAGGCGUGCUUGUGCCGCCGGCGACAACCGCUGUGUGGCAACCCCAACUUCAAGACUCUGAGACUGGACUACUACGGCGAGUGCAAACAGCUUACGUCAUGCAAGGAUUUCGAAAUGGAACAAUUUCCUUCACGCAUGUCCAACUGGCUCUUUAAAGUCAUGGAGGAAUUGGCCAGAAGAAAUGAACUGGAGGCGGAUUAUAUACAGAUGCUUAAGUCUGCCGAGUCUGACAAAAAUCAUGUGGACGCCAUCCUUUGGAAAUUCUGCGACCUUGACGUUCACCCACAAGACAGAUUUGUAACUCGCCGUGAGCUGCUCUUUGUCAUUGCCACUGUAAAGCCAAUGGAGCACUGUUUGUCCCCAUUCUUAGACCUGUGCGAUGCCAACAAAGACCGUAAAAUCAGUCUAUACGAAUGGGGCAAUUGCCUGGGGGUGAAGCAAGGUAAAGACCAGUUGAUUUUAAAAUGUUCUGAAUUAAACCACGCUUGUUAUUUAUAGCCUCGUAACUCUUCACAUCCUAAAUAGCGUGCUAAGGACCAUUCAUCUGAAAAUCCUACUACAUGUGACUUAUCUAACCAACGAUAUAAAGAAGGUCAUAAGGUAACCCUAUAAAUAUGUCAUUAUAGGUGCAGUUUUCCUGGGUUUUUUUUUUUAUUGCAAAUAGUAAUUUUAUAUAAAGUUUAAAAACAUGAAUGGGUUGUAUUAAAUGUUUGAUGCAAAAUCAUUCUAAAAACUCCAAAUUGGCAGAUACACUAAGAACUGAAGCAAAACCCUGAACCUAUCCCUACCAUUGCUAACCGGCGAAUAAGACAUGUACCACAGGGUCUUUUUUGGUGGGGGGGGGGUGUCUUGUAAUCUUCAUACAUCCAAUGGUAUGCCGUUUUGAACAUCCUCUAUGCGGUGUUUGAAGUCAGGUAUGAGAAGUUAAAUGCUGGUUUUACCGAUGUUUCUGCGACUGAUCGUCCGCAGGCUGUGUAGCAGAGAUCUAAGCACUCUUUGAAUAAAAAUUCAAGACAACUUUGGACUUUUUCCUUUAAUUUUUUUUUAUGUAUUUUUCUCAGCUACUAAUUCUGCUUAGCAUUGAGUAAACAAAAUACUCACGUUAUUUUAAAUUCACACCAUCUUUUUUCACUUACUAAUUCUGCUUAGCAUUACAAGUGAGUAAACAAAAUACUCUCCUAUUUUAAAUUCACACCAUCUUUUCUCAGCUACUAAUUCUGCUUGGCAUUAUAAGUGAGUAAACAAAGUACUCUUAUUAUUUUAAAUUCACACCAUCUUUUCUCAGCUACUAAUUCUGAUUAGCAUUAUAAGUGAGUAAACAAAGUACUCUCAUUAUUGUAAAUUCACACCAUCUUUUCUCAGCUACUAAUUCUGAUUACCGUAGCAUUAUAAGUGAGUAAACAUUUUAAAUUCACACGUGUUCACGGGGUGAACUUGGCCAAUUUGGCCUGUUUGACUUCAUGCCAAGGCAAUGUUUUAUCAAUUUAUUCCAGUGGAAGGCCAAGAAACAGUAGAGAAAUUGCUGAGUUUUCAAUGCCAUGAAAAUAAUUAGUUUUCCAUUUAUUUUUCCGGAAACAUACAAAAACACACUUCUUGGGUUUCUUUUAUAUUGUAUUUUGUCAAAGAGAUAAGAAAAAGAGCAUGGUCAACUUUGGAAUUGACCUAUCUAAUUUCUGCGUAUAUAUCCUAUUUCAGACAACCUUGAGAUUCGAUGUAAGAACGUUCACAAGAAGAACAGAAGAAGAUAAACAAGGAUUGGUUAUGUGUCCAAUUAAAUAGCAGGCCUAGAGGAAAGGCGAAUCAGGCUCCGGCUUUCUGUUAAUAGCAAUGCUAAAGAGUUAAUACGUUAGAGGCGGGUUACAUGUUUGCAACAUAAAGGUGUUGAAGGACGAAUAUACUAAAUACCAAAGCAUACACACACAGACACACCAAAUAUCCAGGUUGUAGAUGUAAAAAAAAAAAAAAAGAUAUUUGUGCACAGCUUCAGAAUUGUUUUAAACAGCGCGAGUCUUCAUAUUUAUUGAAUGAUAAUUUUACCGUCAUUUUUUAUGUUGCUUUUGAUGACUAUUGUGAAUAAAAGUAUCCCUUGUGGAA